AUGGAUUAUGUUGGUCCUCUCAACCUAAAGUCGGAAAGUCUCGUUGGAUCCUGCGUUGUGGGUAGGUGGUGGGAGCGGAGGGGAAGAACGCUCAAGGAACUUCUGCGUAGAGUGUUAGGAAAACCAACCGUAGAUUACGAAGAACUCAACACGAUCCUGUGUGACUGUGAAUCAGGAAUAAAUGCUAGACCGCUGACCUACAUACAAGAUGACCCAUGUGAAUCGGUACCACUGACACCAGGAUUGUUUAUUCACGGUGGCAGAAACAAUGAGACUCCAGAUCUUGACCACGUAGACCAAUCUGCCUUGAUAAAACGGACUAUAUAUAUAACUUACAGGAAGUUACGUGAAAAUCUUAGACAAAAAUUUAGAAAUAACUAUUUUGCACUUUUAGUCUACAAGGGAGUAAGAAGAAAUGAUGCUUUAAACGUUGGAGAUAUUCUUCUAAUUAGGCAUGAUCAAGUCCGACGUAUCGAUUGGCCUCUUGGAAUAAUUUUAGAAAUUUAUUCUGGAAAAAAGGGUGUUCCAAGAGUUGCGAGAGUAAGAACCUACAAGGGUGAGAGGAUAUGUCCUUUUCAAAGACUCUAUACAUCAGAAGUGUCAGCAAAAGCUGAUGUUGAUGUCUUGAAGGCUUCUAGACAAAGUGAGAUAUCUGUCAGAAUUAUUCCCGACUCUUCCGUUGACUGCACUGAUACCUUUGAAAUGAGACACCCUCCCAAAAGUAGAGGAAGAACCAUAAGAAUUCCUCAUCGAAUGGAUUUAUGA